AGGCCGAGCCCAAGAUGGCGGCGUCUGAGGCGGCGGGCCGGUUCAGGAUGAGCAAGAGCAAGGACCCCUCCGGCCUGCUUAUCUCCGUCAUCAGGACACUGUCCGCCAGUGACGAUGUCGAGGACAGGGAGAACGAGAAGGGCCGCCUGGAAGAGGCAUAUGAAAAGUGUGAUCGCGAUUUGGAUGAGCUGAUCGUGCAGCACUACACUGAGCUUACGACGGCCAUUCGCACCUACCAGAGCAUCACGGAGCGCAUCACCAACUCACGCAACAAGAUCAAACAGGUCAAGGAGAACCUGCAGUCCUGUAAGAUGCUUCUGCACUGCAAACGGGACGAGCUGCGGAAGCUGUGGAUCGAGGGCAUCGAGCACAAGCACGUCUUGAAUUUGCUGGAUGAGAUUGAGAACAUCAAGCAAGUGCCCCAGAAGCUGCAGCAGUGCAUGGCCAGCAAGCACUACCUCGUUGCCACAGAUAUGCUGGUCUCAGCAGUUGAUUCCCUGGAGGGCUCCCUCCUUCAAGUGGAAGGACUAAGUGAUCUGAGGUUGGAGCUUCACAGCAAGAAAAUGAACAUGCACCUGGUCCUGAUAGAUGAAUUGCACCGCCAUCUUUACAUCAAAUCCACAAGUAGGGUUGGACAGCAGAGCAAAGAAAAAGGAAAGAUGAGCUCACUGGGGAAGGACAUCUCUCCAGCGCCUCUGCUUGAUGUCACCAACUUGUCCACUCCUCGCAAGCUCCUGGACUCCUCUCCGUUCGGCACCCCGGGUAACUCCAGUGGGAGAGAGAUCAGCUUGAUGGAUAUCAAGGACGAUUUAGAUUUGGAUCCUGAGGAGAACAGCUCUGCCUUCAUGGGCAUCCUCAUCAAAGGCCUGGCCAAGCUGAGGAAAAUCCCAGAGACCGUGAAGGCCAUCCAGGAACGUCUGGAGCAGGAGCUGAAGCAAAUUGUCAAGAGAUCCACCACGCAGGUGGCAGACAGUGGCUACCAGAGGGGAGAGAACAUAGUCCAGGAAAACCAACCUCGGUUGCUUCUGGAGCUUCUAGAACUUCUCUUUGACAAAUUCAACGCGGUUGCCACUGCUCAUGCCAUCGUCCUGGAGCAUCUUCAGCAGACCGUGGCUUCUCCCUCCAGUCAGUAUGAUGGCGAUAUCAAGUUGUAUGACAUGGCAGACGUGUGGGUGAAGAUUCAGGAUGUCCUGCAGAUGCUGCUCACGGAGUACUUGGAUAUGAAAAAUACACGGACUUCUUCAGAGCCAUCGGCUCAGCUUAGUUAUGCCAGCUCCGGAAGGGAAUUUGCAGCAUUUUUUGCAAAAAAGAAACCCCAGAGACCCAAAACUUCUCUCUUCAAGUUUGAGUCCUCUUCCCACGCCAUCAGCAUGAGUGCUUAUCUGCGGGAGCAGAGGAGGGAGCUGUACAGCAGGAGUGGAGAGCUGCAAGGCGGACCUGACGACAACUUAAUAGACGGUGGCGGGACAAAGUUUGUCUGCAAACCGGGAGCUCGUAAUAUCACAGUCAUCUUUCAUCCACUUCUGAGGUUCAUCCAAGAGAUUGAGCACGCUUUGGGACUCAGCCCAGCGAAGCAGUGCCCCCUCCGGGAAUUCCUCACCAUGUACAUCAAGAACAUCUUCCUCAACCAGGUCCUGGGUGAAAUCAACAAGGAAAUAGAGGGCGUCACCAAGAUAACCGACCCGCUGAAGAUCCUGGCCAAUGCAGACACCAUGAAGAUGCUCGGGGUGCAGAGACCUCUUCUGCAGAGCACAGUAAUUGUGGAAAAAACAGUCCAGGACCUGCUGAAUCUGAUGCACGACCUGAGCGCAUACUCGGACCAGUUCCUCAACAUGGUCUGCGUCAAGCUCCAGGAAUAUAAGGACACCUGCACGGUGGCCUACAGGAGCAUUGUUCAGUCGGACGAAAAGCUGGUCAUCAGCGCCUCUUGGGCCAAAGACGACGACAUCACCAGACUCUUGAAAUCUCUCCCAAACUGGAUCAACAUGGCCCAGCCCAGGCAGCUGAGACCAAAGCGGGAGGAAGAGGAAGACUUCACCAGGACUGCCUUUGGCAAGGAGUCAGAAGUGCUCAUUGGGAACCUGGGAGAUAAGCUGAUUCCUCAGCAAGAGAUUCUGCGCGAUGUCAGCGACCUGAAGGCGUUGGCCAACAUGCACGAAAGCUUGGAGUGGCUCUCUGGUCGGAUGAAGACGGCUUUCUCCAACCUCUCGGUGGGACAGACGCCGUCUGGCCAGGAGGGCCACGCCAGCGGGGAGCUCCCACCGGUGUCGGAGCAGAUCACGCAGACCCUCACGGAGCUGGCCCGAUCCUUCCAGGAAAUGGCUGACCGCUGCCUGCUGGUCCUGCACCUGGAAGUCAGGAUCCACUGCUUUCACUACCUGAUCCGCCUGGCCAAGCAAGGGAACUACGCCAUCGUCGCCAACGUGGAGAGCAUGGACUACGACCCGCUGGUGGUGCAGCUCAACAAGGACAUCAGCGCCAUCGAGGAGGCCAUGAGUGCCAGCCUGCAGCAGCACAAGUUCCAGUACAUCUUCGAAGGCUUGGGCCACCUGAUUUCCUGCAUCCUCAUCAAUGGUGCCCAGUACUUCAAGCGCAUCAGCGAGUCGGGCAUCAAGAAGAUGUGCCGAAACAUCUUCAUCCUGCAGCAGAAUCUGACCAACAUCACCAUGUCACGGGAGGCCGACCUGGACUUUGCGAGGCAGUACUACGAGAUGCUGUACAACACGGCCGACGAGCUGCUGAAGCUGGUGGUGGACCAGGGCGUGAAGUACACGGAGCUGGAGUACAUCUACGCCCUGAGCCUCCUGCACCGCAGCCAGACGGGCGUCGGAGACCAGACCACCCAGAACGUGAGGCUGCAGCGCCUGAAGGACAUCAUCUGCGAGCAGGCGGUCAUCAAGCAGGCCACCAAGGACAAGAAAAUCACGACCGUUUAGCUGGGCAGGCCUGUCCGCCCGCGGAGGGAGACGGUGGGGGGGGGGUGCUGUUUCCGCCUGCCUCGCAAGCUUUACGCUUCAUUACAGAUAAGAAUUGUAUUGUUCUGGGAAGUGAUUGUAUUAUUCAAGCAAAGGGAGGGAUAUGGCCAAAUGCCCUUUUCGGUAAAGCUUCUCUGAUGUGGGGGGGAGUUGGCAGGCGGGGAGGGGUUGGAGAUCAUUUCUUUGGCGAGAGGGGCUUCCUAAAUGUUCGUCCCCAAGCUGAAAUUGAGUGCAAAUGGCUGGUGAGGAUGGGUUUCCUUAGCUGGAUGAGAGGCGGAGAACAGGAAAAGAGGAGAGACGGGCCCUUCCUUCAAUCCUGUGGAAUGGAGAGAAACCAGGGGACGAUUUCAGGCCAGAGUUGAAUUCUAGCUGGGAAAACGCGGGGAUCCGGCAUGGCUGUGCUUCCAGCCCUUCCCCAGUUCACAGAGAGCAAUGUGCCAACUCACCUUUCUUUCCAAGUGUCUUUGCUUUCCCAGGUAAAAGCUGGUUAUGGGCACGUCCACCAUCUUGAACGGUAUUGGAUUGGUUCAUCUGGGAAACUGGUUAAAAUCCUGCCAGAAAGGGGAGAAGGGCAGAGAAGGUGGGGGCAGGGAGGAGAGACCACAGUGCCCCCCCCCCCCCCAGUGCAUGCAGGCAGCCCCCUACUAAGUAGCAAUUUGCCACAGUAUGCAGCUUCCUUGGCCAGACCAAACAAUGAGAACGCCGCCACUCCUACAGUUCUCCAAUUUCUUGUGAAAAGAUUUGCUUUACUGCUUGGCAGAGACGCUGGAGCUGGCUGUGCAUAUGCCCGUCCAUGCAUGCAGUGGAAAGCUGUCCCUUAGGGAUCGGUCUUCGGGUCCAGGACUGCUUUCUUGGAGAUGCCAGGACAGAUUUCACGGAGGCCAUUCCCGAGUGUGGGAAUGGGCCGCCCCCGGAAGGAGCGGGGAGGCCUGUGGCCGCUCCUCUCCCCACUCCAAAGACAGGCCUCGGGUGUCGUUGACUGGCUUUCACGCUGACCACCACGGGCUCCCUUCGCAUCGCAGCAGCCCGGAGAGGUCGCGCUGGCGCAUGCUGGACCCCUGACCACCCUCUCAGCUGGUCACCCUGCCAUGCGGGUCCCCACGUGGCUGGACGGGGUGGCGAUGAAACCACUGCGAACUGGCAGUCUCCCAGCUGUCCCUCGAGGGGGAGACGCCCCCGGCACAAAGGAGGCGCGAGCACAAGAGGGGUGAAGCCGCCGUGUGGUGGUGGAUGCUCCCUGGACUCCCUGCCCCUUUCCCUCCCACUGGGCUGGGCUGGGCUGCACUGCAGCGGCCUGCGUUCCUCAAUGGGUCAGGGAAGCUGUGCGGGAGCCGCCUCUCAGCUCUCCGCGGCCCCAUCUGGCACAGAUCCUCUCCUGACCAUGCCACCUGCUGGCCACCCCCAGAAAGGCCUGAAUCCGCCGGGACCUCCCCUCCCCAGAGUGCUUCCCUCCCUUCCCUUUUGGAGCCCAGUGACUUCGGCUGCUGCACUAUAAACCUGUUCAAAGUAGCUGCGCAGGGCCUGGGCCUGGCAGCAGCCUUUGCCCCCCACGCCGUCCGGGACAGUCCCUGCCAAGCUCUCUGCUACACGGAGCCUCCGCCCGCGGCUUCCAGUGGGAAACACCCUUCCUGGCCCAGUUUCCUGUCCUGCUUGUGCUGCUUUCCUCAUGGUUUGACUGGAAAAUUAAAGGCUCAUUUUGGAACCAUUCA